CCUAACACUUACAAAAUGUUAACAAAAGCUAUCUUCCCCUCCUCCCCCAUUCAGGCCAUUCAACACAAUACCAUGGCCCUCCUCAUCUUCCUGAUCUCCCUCCUCCUCUCUUCCUAUCUGCAUAUUGCGUUUUCCGCCCAUUGCACCACCGUCACCGCCACCAAAACUUUCCAUAAAUGCAUGACACUCCCUACCCAACAAGCAUCCAUAGCAUGGACCUUCCAUUCCCACAAUGCUACUUUAGACCUUGUCUUCUUUGGUACCUUCAUUUCACCCUCUGGCUGGGUUGGAUGGGGCAUCAAUCCUACAUCUCCUGAAAUGACCGGAACCCGUGCCUUAAUUGCCUUCCCCGACCCAAAUUCUGGCCAAAUUGUCCUACUACCAUACAUCCUAGACCCAACUGUAAAACUCCAAAAGAAUCCUCUAAUAUCUCGCCCCCUUGAUACCCGCCUCCUAUCUUCCUCUGCCAUCUUGUAUGGGGGGAAAAUGGCCACAGUUCACAACGGUGCUACAAUCCAAAUCUACGCCAGUUUGAAGCUUGUGCCAAACAAGACCAAAAUCCACCACGUGUGGAACCGUGGACUGUAUGUCCAAGGCUACUCACCGACCAUCCAUCCAACUACCUCUAACGAUCUUUCCUCCAUCGCCACCAUAGAUGUUCAGUCAGGUUCAGCCACUGCUCAGCACGACAACAUCAAAACACUGAAAACCGUGCAUGGUGUCGUAAACGCCAUCUCAUGGGGACUUAUACUGCCUAUUGGAGCCUUGACGGCACGCUACCUUAGGCACAUACAAGCGCUAGGGCCCGCAUGGUUUUAUGCUCAUGCAGGCAUGCAACUUUUUGCAUUUUUCCUAGGAACAGUGGGGUUUGCCAUAGGAAUUCGACUUGGGGAGCUGUCACCGGGCGUGGAAUACGGGCUUCACAGGAAGCUCGGGUUUGCAGCAUUUUGCCUAGGAGGGCUGCAGACACUUGCACUACUGUUUAGGCCUAAAACUACAAACAAGUUUAGGAAGUAUUGGAAAUCUUACCACCAUUUUGUUGGGUAUUCUUGUGUGGUGCUAGGGGUUGUGAAUGUUUUUCAAGGAUUUGAAGUAAUGGGAGAGAGCAGGUCUUAUGCUAAGCUAGGCUAUUGUUUGGGGCUCUCUACCUUGCUUGGCGUCUGCAUAGCUCUGGAGGUAAAUUCUUGGGUGAUCUUUUGUAGGAAAGCCAAGGAAGAGAAGCUGAGAAGAGAAGGACUGAUUGGGGGAUCUGAUAAAGGGAGUGGAACCCAUAUAUAGUUGACUAUAUAUGCAUCAUGUCGACCAACAAUUUUUCUGUUCGUUCAAAAGAUUAUUUAGCCUCUUCAUGCUUGGAACUUAUUUUUUGUGAAAGUAAAGGUCUUCAGGUCAUCAAUUUUCGGCUUCAAUAUGUAAGGAUUCCUCUAAUUUUUCUUUUUCUUUUUUUCCUGUUUCUAAAGCUGCUUGUUGUCACAGUCUCAUGGAUCAAAUAUAGAUAAUAUUUAUA